AUGUCUGAAGAAGAAAAGAGGGUCUUCCCUGACUCCAGAUUCAAGUUGCCUUCUGGCCUUGUCAACUUCACCAAUGCCGCUGGCUACCCAAAAUGGGAGCCUGUUGACACCAGAAAGGAGACUCUUCAAGUGUUUAGAUUAUCCUUCUACACCACCGUCGGUGCCUACGCCUGGUUGUACUUGUGGAAGAGAACCACGUUCAAGAUUGGCUUGCCUUUGGCUGUGUCUAGUUUCGCCACUGUGGCCACUGCCACUAAGGGUAUUGUCACCAACUUGAGACAGAAGAACGAUGGCUGGAACACUUUCUGGGCCGUUGGUGCCGGUAACUUGGCCUGUUUGACGGUUGGUUUCAAGAGCAUGCCAGUGAAGCACAAGGCCAUGGCUGGUAUCGCUGGUGCUGCCAUCACCGCCGCUGUCGACCACAUUUCCUGGUCUCAGUCUCCUAGCUUUGCUGGAAGAGACACAAAGUACGCUGAAGCCAACACUGGCGACCAGCUUCCUCAACAGCAGUUCUGGGACGUCUGGAAGAGAAGACCUUUGUCGCAAACUGUGGAGGCUUUGGGUGAAGGAAGAGGUAUUUUCAAGCAGUAG